AGAAAAACAUAACAAACAAAUAAAGUCUAUAAAUUUUCAUUUAUGAUAUAUUGAGAUAUGGAUCAAAAUUUGGCAAUCGUAGCAAAGAAGGUUUGGAAAUUAGUUCGAGUGGCUAUGUGCAUGUUAAGAAAAGGCAUAUCAAAGCAGAAAGUAAUGCUCGAUAUCAAAUUAAUGAUGAAGCGUAGGAAGAUUGGUAGUUACAAAGCUGCCGUCCAAAAUCUGAUGUUCCACUUCCACCACCACCACACCAAUACCCGCCGCUCCCAUGAGGUCGUGGAGAAUACUAAUUUACCUUUUUGUCCUCCACAUAAGGAUGAGUAUUAUGAGUUUAGCUGUAGUAGCAGCCCAAAUUUGAACAUAAAAAAACAGUACACUAGUACUGAAGAGGAUGUUGUCGUUAUGAAUGCGGCCGUAAUGAAAGCAUUGGAGAUGAUUAAGGGUGAAACAACGUCACCUGAUAAUUAUUUUCGUGGGUUCGGGAGGCAAUUGAGGGUUACUGAUUCGCCUUUUCCGGUAAGAGAUGAGGUGGAGGAGGAAUCGGAUAAUUAUCGCGUAGAUGAAGCAGCUGAUGAGUUCAUUUCAAAGUUCUAUAGAAAUUUGAGAAGACAAUCUUCCCUUUCUGCAUCAUAAUAAUGUUACAUGAAUAUAUAUGCAUGUUUUCCUUAUUUGCAAAAGCAAAUUUAUUAGAACUUUUGCUUUUGUGGGGUUUUAGCUAAUAUAAACAAAGAAAUAUAGAAAACUUAUGAAGAUUGGAAGCUGUCUAUAGUGUGUGUAAUUGUGCUUUUUGACUAAAGAAGUUGUUUCAAUUU